AUGCACCAGACUUCAACGCAGGUUAUGGAUAUCGCCUUAAUGCUGAAACCAGAUAUGAUGAUUCAUUCGAUUGGUUUGGAAAACCCUGUUUUUGAAAAUAAUCUCGCUGAAAAUUUAACGUCAUGGUGUCGCUUCUUUUGCUCACAUCUAUCACCAAUUCAACAAUUCUCCGAUGAAUUAGAUCCCUGCUUCAUAACUAUAAUUGACGAACCGAUGAAUGCACCUAUUCUGCUGAACGAUAUAAUGAAACAUCAUACAAUAAAAGCCUACGUUGUUGAUAGUUUAAAGCGUUAUCAUGCUGUUGAUGACAUUAGAAUUGAACUGCCAAAAUGCAGACAAAUCAACUAUGAUGAAACAAUGAAUAGUCGUGAUUCAUUUAAGGAAUUACUCAGAAUUUUACCACAUGUUACUGUUCGCAUGCUUCUUAUUUCGACAAUGGAAUCAUUAUCGUAUGAUAGUCAACGGUAUUUGGGUAAUUUUAUAAAAAAAAAUGAUUUGCCAAUUCCAUUUACAUACUAUUUUCACAACAAUGAGUCUAAUUCAAUUCAGUAUAAAAUUAAUUUUAAUCCUUUGGCCGAGAUACAGUGUUUGUCAGCAGAAUGUUUGGUAAUACAGGUUGGCAGUUUAACAGCUCUUGGUCUGGGAAAAACUAGUUUACUUCCAUACAUUUUUCGUGAUAAACGUAAAGAAUCAUUAAAUACACUUGGCACACAAUCUAUGCGUUCUGGUUGUAUCGAUACACUCUUCGGCACCAUGCAGAUCGAUCAAAAUAGAGAGAAGUCCUGCGUAAUAUUCGAUGUUCAUGGAACACUAUUAUCAGGCAUAAAUGAUAAUAUUAUUAGAGCUCUUCAACAGUAUGCAUCAUUGCAAUUUCUGUAUGUUACUCAGGCUGAUCUUGACUCGAAAUUUUUACCUUACAUGAUCAAUAAUAGUCUGUCUAAACCGACUGUCGUAUGCAUUUUUGAUGAGCAUUAUGAUGCACAUUUACGUGAUGGGCACGCAAAUCCCAUUGAACAAUUUAGAAAUCGCUAUAAAACGGAAGAUUGGCCCCAUGUUCAAUGGUUAUUAAUUCCUACAAAAAACGCAUGGUUAAAACAAUCGGAGAAUCAGCAAUACGAUGAAACUGAAAGAAUACAGUCUUUACGUGUUCAAUUAGAUCGUAUAUUUUUACAACUUGAACCGGCAAUAACUCGCCAACCACUAUUCAGAACAAUAUUUGCUGUGCAAUCAUUGUAUUGGUCUCUACACAAUGGUACGACUAGUUUGAAUUGUCCGACAUACUAUUUCAAAAUUGAAGAUAGAUUGAAACAAUUAUUUGAUGCAUUGUCAGAUACAACUGAUAAUUUGCUAAUAGCGACGCCAAUCAGUUACCUACAAGCCAAAAUAAGACAAAGUCAAACGGAACUAUUUGGAAAGUACACGACGGAUGAAGUCGCACGAUACGAACGCUUUCUAAAGACGGUCGAUCGAAUAUCAGAACAUACACAAUUUUUCAUUGAUCUCCUAACGAAACAUACCUAUAUUGAAAUGUUAAUAUCAGAAAAGUAUCUUGAACAGUGGAGAUCAAUUUAUGAGUCACGUUUACAAACUGACUUAACAAGUGAAAAACAUAAAACUAUACAGUUAACUUCAGAAUUGAAACGAAUCGAAAUGUUGCAAAAACAGCAAGCGCAGAAUUCAGUUGAACUACAACAACAAUUACGAUUAGCAAAAGAAAACUACGACCGAAGUCAUCAAAAAUUGAACCAAAUUGAAGUCAAAUUAAUGAAUAUUGACAUAACGAUUGGUCUCUUUUUUGAUGAAAUAUUAGCUGUUAGUGAUUUCAAUUCAAACUUAAGAGAUCCAUUGUCAGUAGAAUUACUAGGUCAAAUAGCGAAACGAAUGACAGAAAUGAUGCAUCGUGGUAUGGCUAUACAUGUUCUACGUGGACGACCGUUGCAUUGUGAAAGUGUUUUACUGAAAAUACUUUUAAGAAAUUUCAAUAAAUGGCGUAAUCGCCCAUGUAUUAUCACUGUUAUCGGUGAACAAUCUUCAGCAAAGUCAUCUCUACUCAAUACAACAUUUGGUUGUAAUUUUCGUGUUAGUUCCGGUCGAUGUACGAUGGGCAUAUAUAUGAGUAUUAUUAGAUGGAAAUCGUUACCAAUUAUUCUACUUGAUACUGAAGGUUUGAUGUCAGUUGAAGAGUCAAGUACACUGUUUGAUAAUCAAAUGGUGUCGAUGGCUAUGCUGUCCUCACACAUUGUGUUAAUCAAUCAUAAAGGGGAAUUGAGUACGGAGCUACAGAAUUUAAUUGGAAUGAGUUUUUAUGCAAAGCUACAACUCAAAGAUGCACCUAUCAAACCCAAACUAUUGUUCAUUCUUCGUGAUCAAACCGACUUGACUAACAAGAGAGUAUUUUUCGCACAAUUAGCUCAGUUAAAACAAAAUCUAAAUAAAGAUGCUAAAUUUUUGCGAAUAUCAAUCGAAGAUGAACUUAAUAUAUCAAAUGAUGACGUUGUUCCAUUUUCUAAUGCUUUCUCCAAUGACAUCAAUCCAAUAUUUGGUGAAACACAAAAAUGGAGAAAUAAAUCCUUUCCAGUCGAGAUUCAGGCAUUACGUAACAUCAUAUUCCGAUUUCUUUCUAUGAACGCUAAUUUAGAGGCAUACGAAGACUUUGAUCAAGUCUAUACAAAAUUAUCAAAUUAUUGGGCAACUAUUGAUAAACUAGGACCGGUAUUACUUGCAUCAAAGAAUUUAUUGGAACUUGCUAUGAUGAAUGAAGUACGAGAUAUUGCACGAGAAAUUAUACAAAAAGCAAAUCAUCAAAUGUAUGACAAUGGACAGCGAUUGAUAAAAGAAACUAUAGCAAAUAUAAAAAAUAACGCAAAAUCAAUAUUAACAGCUGCUGGUUUUGCUAAUGCUAGUGAUGAUUUUAAUAUGCUAUUGAACGGUCAACUUCAACAAAUUCUCAAUCAGGCUUACAAUAAAUUUGAUGAAAAAACGAAAAAAUCAUACUAUUUACCACAUAUAAAAGAAAAAGUAAAGAGUAUCAUUGAACCGCGAUUGAGGUUCACCUGUCAAUCGACACGGCAACAAUUUGAAGAGGAUCUGCAUUUCGUAUCACAAGCUGCACUAGUAAAACAUGCACAACAAAAAUUAAUAGAUCGUGCCCAAGAAGGAUUUGAUCAAAAUAAAACCAUAAGCAUAGAUGAAUUUAGAUUGAAUCUUGAAAAUGAUUACCAAUCUUUGCUAAUAGAAUGUAGACAACAACUGGAUAGUUUACAUGAGAAAGAAGACGACAUUACCAAAAAAAUAUUAACAUUCUAUAAAAAUUUACAUGAUCGAAAGGCAGCAAAUCCAACAAUUGGUGAUAUUUAUAAUCUUUUGCCUAAACUAGACGUGGAACAUUAUAAACGAUAUUGCGAAAAAUUCAAAAAUAAUUGGAACCAAAUAAGUCAGUUUUUAGAUAUGCCACGAGACAACAUAUUUUCUGUCGCAGCUAACAGACAUCCUUCAGCAGCACAAACCGAUUUGGAAACAAUGUGGAUCGACUUGAAACAAAAGUUAAAAUGGUUUAAUAAUGAAAAAUCUGCAGAAAAAAAUCGUAGUAUACUGUCGAGUGUUUUCAGUGUGGUAUUGCCCAAACUGAAAAAAGAUAUUAUCAGUUUAUUAAGAGACAGAAAGCUCUCAUAUACUGAUCCGGAAACACUUAAUGCAGUAAUUUCAUAUGUUGAAAAUUCAUUAAAUAUGAAAGAAAUUAAAGACUAUGAAAAGGAUCUGAAUCUUGGAGAAGUUGUUACCGAUUUUGUUAUCAUAUCGCUGAAAAUAUUCAUUUCUGAAGCAACUUUAAUAUCCGAUGAUAAUUAUCAGAAAGAACUGACACAAUCUGGAAAUCAAUUACGUGAUUGGAAAACUAAUAUAGAGAAACAAUUCGAAUCAAUGAAAAACUCAUUUCAGCAAGGACAAUAUGAAGCUGAAGAAAUUGGAAAGCAAAUUUUUGCUGAAGUCAAACGUUUAUUACUAACUCAAGUUCUUCGUGAUAUUAAAGCAGAUGUUAUGAAGAACAAAUUUAUCAUUCACGACCAUAUGCGUAAGAAUGCCUAUCAACAAAGUUUUCAUCAAAAUAAUGGUGCAAACAUAUUGAAAUAUGUUCUUGAUAUCAAUCGGUAUCUACAAGAAUUAAGCUUGGAAGAAAUAUUAGGUACAUUUCGUAAUGUUGUCAAUAUGCAUAUGAACUAUUUAGAUAACUUACUUUCAACUAUAUUUUAUACUGCUAAUAAUGCAAUUCAAAAUCAGGCGUAUAACAAUAUAAGUAGUAUAUAUAAUGCUGUACAAAAUGCUGUAUUGGAAGUAAAUCUCCUAAAGAAAAUGAUGCAUGAAGAAAGUGAUAUUGAAUUUAAACUAGUAGCUAAAAUGAAUUUACCAAUAAGAGAUCCGACGCAGUUUCAACUUGGUUUUAGAAAUAUAUUGGCAGUAUUCGCCACGCAUAGCAAUUCUGAGAAAGAAGCUACGUCACAUUUAUUAAGAGUGACAGCAUUCGACGAUUGCAAAUCGACUAUCAAACGUCGUCUUGGUUGUGAACAUACAUGUCCAGGAUGUGGUGUAAAAUGCAGCAAACCAAGUUCCCAUCCAGCAGAACAAGUAAGAAAACUACCAGAAAACUGCAAAUGUACAACAAGUGAGUGCACCUGUCAAGAAGUUACGUACGUGGAUUGUAUUAGUCAUGAGAACGAUCAUCAUAUUCCGGCUGCAUUCUAUGGCCAACGGUAUCAUAAGACACAUAAACCAUAUUUACAUUCCUGUUAUCAACAAUGGACAACCGUCGGUGUUCAAGUUAGCGAAAAUGAGAUAAUUCAUCCAAAACGAUUAUAUUAUAACCAAAAACAUUUGCAAUGGUAUACAAAUCUUGAUAAUUUGGCGAACACUGCUCCCGAUAAAGACGAUCCUUAUCCGACUGAAGAGCAGCGACGCGCAUGGAUGACCGUAAGACAUUAUUUAACAGCGAAAUAUAAUAUGAACGAUUACAAGGAUGACGAAUAUGAUGAAACAUUCUACCCUAAAGACUUUAGUGCUAUACCUCCAGAUUUCCAGAUAACAUGGAAAGACGAAAAUAUUGACAAUUACUCAUGA